AUGCCUUGCGCUUUGCUCAAUUUGCGUGGCUGUGCCUCCACCCGAGGUUGGGAGUUGGCCGGGGAUCACAUCCACUCAGGGGUGGGGAACGCUGACGAUGCGUACCUCGUGCUCGCGCUGAGGACGGAGGGGUUCCGUGACCAGGUCCCCGGCGCGCCCGGCGAGUUCGGCCGCAUCACCUUCGUGUUCGACACCGCCUGUACGUCCGGCUGCCAGCUCUUCUUCAUGCAGGAAAUUGAGGGGCGUGGCACCAAGGUGAUUGAAAGUUGGAGUGGAGCCCAGAGCAAGCAGCAGUACAGCUUCGUGAUCUCAGCGCAGGACGCCAUGACCUUCACCUGGGCGUUCCAGAAGACAGACGAGGUGUUCGGGGAGAACCAGCAGAACUUCCCUACUGACAUGGCUCGUAUCUACAUGAUCAAUGUGACCAACACAGUGGAUGGGGGAGCAUCAUCCUGUACUGCCUGUCCUCAGGGCAGUGAGAACGCCAGGUGUAUCCCAUGUAAGAAGGGCUUUUUUGCCAACCCAGACACCAACACUUGUGAGCAGUGCCCCAGAGGAACGUACCUGAACUUCGGUGCUGCUGACGGCCCCUGUGUGCCCUGCAGCGAGGGGACCACCAGUAAUGAAGACAGGACGGCCUGCUUCAGUGACUGCACCUACACUGAUGAGAAUGGGCACAAGUUUGACCUGAGUGGGCUGAAGGGGUAG